CACUUUCGUUCACAAACGGCUGCAUGGGUGCGACCAGUUCCCAGUACGUGCACUCCAGCAACGACUACGAGCUCGUGAUCAAGUGCGCAAAGGAACUCGAGUACAUUUUGGAAGCCGAGUUCGGUGCUGCAGGCAAAGGGCUCCAUGAAAAGAUCAGCGCCGUCAACGGCCAGCUGCCGCCGCAACUGGUCAAACAAAUGCGAUUCCUGGCCACGAUCCGCAACAAGCUCAUCCACGAGCGAGGGUUCGAUCGCAUCCCCGACCGCGAUCAUUUUAUCCUGCAGUUCGAAGCCGCGGCCGGCGACUUGAACGAGCGCGUGCGCGAGCGGGGCGGCGCCUCCUCCAACUGCAUUCUAAUGUAAUCAUGUAACCCAUGUUAAUGCAAGUCAUGUUUCCUUCGAA